AUGGAAGCCGUAGAAAGAAUCAUCGGAAGUGAUGUAGUUCUACUCUGGCUUGAUGAUCAUAUUGGUCAAGCUGAAAAUUGUAUUGAACUUAAACAAGAAUUUGAAUCAAAUACAACUAAUAUAUAUUUCUUUAAUGAUGUUGAUCAAUGCCGUCGAUUUUUAUCAUCGAUUCGACAAAAAAAACUUUUCUGUAUUAUUCAAGGUCGACAUGCACAAAGUAUUGUUCCUGAUAUAAUUAAAUAUGGAAUUUUACCAGUGGUUUAUAUUUUUUGUUUUGAUAUGAGUAGUCUAACUAAAUGGGCUUCAGAUAUUGAAUGUAUAUUAGCUGGUGGUAUAUUUACUCAUGAAAAAGAUCUUUUGGCUAGAUUAACACAAGAUUUAUCUGAUUAUGCUAAUUUAAAAGUUCAAGAAUAUCGUUUAAAAAGAGCUGCUUGUGAUGAAUGGGCACAAAAUUUAACUAAAAAUGCUAAACGAUUUCGACAGGAACAAUGUACUUUAACCUAUGCUACAGAUCCAUUCAAAGAAUAUACAAAUCAAUUAGAUAAAAUUUAUGAAAUAAAUCUUCAUGGAAAAUUUACAGUAAUUGUGCGUAGAUCAUUUGUUCGAUUACAUGUUCAUCCAACAACACAUGUUAAUCCAUGUUAUUUAUAUGAUUUAUCAUCUAUAUGUGAUUCUGAAAUGAUUGGAAAAUCGAAUUUAAUUGAUAAUUAUUCUUAUCUAGACGAAAAUAGAAAAGAGAAAAAACGAAAAUUAAUACAUAGAAAAAUGAGAAAAUUAAUAACACAUUAUAAAAAAGCGAUUAAAGAAAAUAAAUCAUCAACAUUUUUUGUUUAUGCAUAUUUUGAAUCUAUUAACUCUUCAACUAUUGGUGAAAUUCUUUCUGAUUUAAUUCAUCAUGAAGUACAUGUAGCGGAUGCAAAUCCUAAUCUAGAACCAUCAACUGAUCUCCUCACAUUUCUUUCUGAUACAUCAGAAAUUUGUCAUAUACUUCGGACAAUCAUAACCAAAAAAUAUUCAUGUCAAUUAUUAAAUCCAAAAAAUUUUCUUCAAUAUCAAUAUUUAAUUGAUAUUCUUCAGAGUUCAGAAUUUAUUCUUGAAUAUCUUCGUCAAUUUCAUUCACAUGAAAAAGUUUUUUUGAUUGAAAUCUUAACACAUCUUUAUCAAAUUUUAUCAUCAAUGAAUAAUAACUCAUAUAAAUGUCAAUAUAUUUGUCAAUGUCUAUUUGAUAUUCUUCAGAAAUUAAAUAGAAAAAAAAGUUCUUAUUCACAAUAA